CAACCAGGAAUUGCAACGCUCUCGCGACCUCCAGCGCUUUGUAUCACGUAAAUAAACCUGGCCCAGCUCUAGAGGCCAAGUUUCUCGACUACAAAAAGUAGUCUUCGCAGAUAGCGACUCACUAACAGCCAAAAACCCCACCUCCAAACCACCCAAAAUGCCGAAAUCCAAGCGCGCGAAGAUCAUCCACAUGUCCAAGACGGACAAGAAGGGCAAAGAACUCUCGCAAAAGCUCUUCGCGAACGUACGCGAAGCAGCAGACACGUACCAAUACAUCUUCGUCUUCUCCGUCGAAAACAUGCGCAACACCUACCUAAAAGAAGUGCGCUCAGAGUUCUCAGAUAGCAGACUCUUCUUCGGCAAAACAAAAGUAAUGGCCAAAGCCCUCGGCCUCACCGACUCCGACGAGCACCUCCCGAACUUACACGCCCUAACCCCCUACCUCGCCGGCAACGUCGGCCUCCUCUUCACGUCCCGCGACCCCUCCGCCGUCCUCGCCCACUUCGCCGCCUACACCCAGACCGACUACGCGCGCGCCGGCAUCCCCGCCACGCAAACCUUCACCGUGCCCGCGGGGACCGUGUACUCACGCGGCGGCGAGCUCGCCGUCGAGGACGACGUGCCGCUGCCCCACUCGCUGGAAGUGACGGUGCGCAAGUGGGGGAUGCCCACCCGGCUCGUUUCAGGGAAAGUGAUACUCGAGGACGAUUAUGAGGUGUGCAAGGAAGGGCAGGUGCUGAAUAGCCACCAGACAGCGCUGCUGAAGAUGUUUGGGGUGGCCAUGGCGGAGUUUAGGGUGGAUAUGAAGGCGUACUAUUCUGCGGCGACGCAGGAGGUCAAGGAGGUGGAGGCGAUGGAGGAGUAGGUGUAGACACAAUGAUAGGGCGUUCGGAGCGUCUUGCGCUUGGCUUAAGAUGUGAUGAUGGGAUGCGUCACGGCUGUUCUAUCUGAUGUCCUCGAAAACUGCAUGGUGAAGGCGUUGGGGCAAUGGCGUUAUGGAAGAGGCAGCACGAAGGGCAUGAUAACAUGUCCUUGACAUCCAGCUUUUGCAUGUUUUAUACCUUCUAGAUAAACCGAAAUCGUUCCCCACUAGCUGGGUAAGAGAUGUCACUACCAUAAGCGUUCGUGUCAUCGCAAUGU